UAUCGAGAAAAGCAGUUCGUCCUCUCAUUGCAGCAACCGGCUUCAUCACCACACAUCAUCCGAAAUAUGUCUGUUCCCAACGCCCUCGCUCCUACUCAGCAGGACAUUGAGCUCCUGCUCGCUGCCCAGGCCCACCUCGGCAGCAAAAACCUCCAGACACACAUGGAGCCCUACGUCUACAAGACUCGUGCUGAUGGUGUUAACCUCAUCAACAUCGGCAAGACCUGGGAGAAGCUCGUCCUCGCCGCCCGUAUCUUGGUCACCAUCCCCAACCCCGCCGAUAUCGUCGUCGUCUCUGCCCGUCCCUAUGGUCAGCGUGCCGUUCUGAAGUUUGCCUCGCACAUUGGUGCUACCGCUAUUGCUGGUAGAUUCACCCCUGGUUCCUUCACCAACUACAUCACCCGAUCAUUCAAGGAGCCCAGACUCAUUGUCGUGACCGACCCCCGUACCGACGCGCAGGCCAUCAAGGAGGCUUCGUACGUCAACAUUCCCGUGAUUGCUCUUGCUGACACCGACUCUCCUACCGAGUUUGUUGAUGUCGCUAUUCCUUGCAACAACAAGGGCCGACACUCCAUCGGUCUUAUUUGGUGGAUGCUUGCCCGGGAAGUCCUGAGACUGAGAGGUAACCUUCCCCGCGCCGAGCCCUGGAGCGUCAUGGUCGAUCUCUACUUCUACCGUGAUCCCGAGGAGACCGAGAAGGAGGUCAUCGAGAUUGCUGCUCCGGCCAAGGAGAUCGAGGCUGCUCCUGCUGUCGAGGUUGCGGACGAGUGGGCGGUUGAUGUGUCUGCUGCCAACCCUGCUGCCGGCUUCGACGCUACUGCUAUCACCAGCGAGGCUGUCAGCGGCGACUGGGACUAAGCAUAUGGGGAGUUUGAGUUAAAAAAACCAAAUAUUAAUAAAGUAACCUUCUGCAACCAAGAUGAUCUCGAUCUUAUAAAAAGCUUUGGAAGAUUGAGAUGGUUGGAAAAAGAAAGAAUUAUGUGUGAGAAGGAGAAAUGAAAAAAGGGAUCUGCUAUGUUUUUUUGUUUGUUUGUAUUAUAUAAUAUAAAUAUCUUUCCACAAGUGAGAAUCUGUAGAUCUAGCAUGGAAAGCUUUAUUAUCAUCAAAAAUAAACAAGAAAUAUCUAGAAUGAAGAAGAUAUAAAUAUCUUUCCACAAGUGAGUGAGUAGAUGUAGAUGUAGAUGGAAAGCUUUAUUAUCAUCCAAAAAAAACAA